AGUCAGUUGCCUGGUACACAUUUAACAAAACUGUAGCUAAUCAGAAGUUUUAAAAUUUUGCAUAUAGGGUAAUUGUGUGUCAUAUCUAUACAAAAUAGACGAGAGUUUGAGACAAGCGUUCAGCGUCGGUAUUCUUCGCUAGGACGAAUUUUACUUAAAAGAGACAGUUUUAUCGCGCGAAAAACACAAAUGAGUGUACCUGAAAUUAGCUAGUUAAUGUCACAACACAUGGAGCCACAGAAAGACAUCAGUCAACCUGCAAAUGAGAUUGCAGCGUCUGGGAAAGAACAAGAGGAACGAUGCUGCUCUAAUACCUGUGAUAAAAAUGAGGUGCAGGAGCCUUCAUCCCCGAAUCAGGGAGAUUUCAGUGACCCGAUAUAUAAGGAGAUUGCGCUGGCAAAUGGCACCAUCAACCGAAUGAACAGAGAAGAGUUGCGGGCGAAAUGUGCUGAACUGAAACUUGACACACGGGGUGUUAAGGAUGUGCUGAAGAAGCGCCUCAAAAACUACUACAAAAAACAGAAACUGAUGCAUUCUGCUGCUGCAGAUGGGAACAGUGAUGUAUACUAUGACUACAUCUGUGUGGUGGAUUUCGAGGCUACGUGUGAGGAGAGUAACCCUCCUGACUACCUACAUGAAAUCAUUGAGUUCCCCAUGGUUUUGAUCGACACGCACACUUUGGAGAUUGUAGACUCAUUUCAAGAGUAUGUGAAGCCAGAGGUUAACCCACAACUGUCUAAUUUUUGUGUAAAACUUACAGGAAUUACACAGAAAAUGGUGGAUGAGGCAAAUACAUUUCAUGCAGUUCUAAAACGAGCAGUUUCUUGGCUACAGCAGAAAGAACUUGGCACAAAGUACAGCUAUAUGUUUUUGACACAUGGGUCAUGGGACAUGGGAAAAUUUCUUUAUACUCAAUGCCGAUUGAGUCGCAUCAGAUACCCAAAUUUCGCCAGAAAAUGGAUCAAUAUCAGAAAGUCUUAUAGAAACUUUUAUAAGGUUCCACGUACUCAGACUAAACUCAUCUGCAUGCUGGAGAAUCUCGGCAUGCAUUACGAAGGGAGUCCCCACUGUGGACUAGAUGACUCCCGCAACAUUGGCAGAAUUGCUAUUCACAUGCUGCAGGAUGGCUGUCAGCUGCGCGUGAACGAGUGCUUGCAUUCAGGGGAACCACGGAGUGUGCCCAUCUCUGCCCCUAUUGAAGGAGCACCAGCACCUCAAAAUCCCAAGAGAAGAGACUAAAAAGAGAAUACAAAAAAAAGUGAAUUCCCGAUGUAAAUGAUCCUCAGUGCUGAAUUAAAACAGAGGGCAUUGAUCAGCCAUGGUGAUCACAUUUAAGUAUAAAAACACUUUGUGUACAUCAGACAAUUUUAGUUUUCUCAAAAUUGCUCCAGUAAUGUGUGCUGUUUUUAUUUGUGACAUAACCUUUGCUGCAGAUGUUCACAUUUAAGUGGAUCAGGGUUCAAGAUCAGCGAGGUGAUGCUGUGCUUUCACCCUCACAGCCAGAGUUUAUGAACUGUAUUUUGAAACCUGUUACUUAGGUACUUGCAAACUGAAAUACAAAGGUUGCAAACAAAACGAAUUGCCUUUAGUUAUAACAGGAUUUUUACAUGCAUGUUGCACAUCCUCGAAAAAACAUUUGCUCCAAAACUAGAAAUGUAAUCCUCUGUAUACAGCAAAAAUGCUCAAUUUUUAUAUUAUGCCAAUAAAUU